UGGCUAAACUCAACUGUUCUUUCUGUUUCUGCAGAGGAGAAUGAGGUCCGCACCAUGGUCGACACCAACUCCAACAACGACAGCAAACUACAGGAACUCCAGAAGGUGCUGAUUGACUGGAUCAAUGAUAUGUUGGUAGGAGAGAGGAUCAUCGUGAAGGACCUGGCUGAAGAUCUAUAUGACGGGCAGGUUCUACAGAAACUCUUUGAGAACCUGGAGGGGGAGAAGCUGAAUGUGGCUGAGGUGACCCAGAAGCAGAAGCUACAGACGGUUCUGGACUCCAUCAAGAUCUCCGCCAGGAGCAUCAAAUUGAACUAUGCUUUCGAAGCCCUGUUUGACCAUACUCCAGACAAGCUCAAUGUGGUGAAGCAGACUCUCAUCGCCUUUGUGAACAAACACUUGAACAAGCUCAAUCUGGAGGUGGCUGAACUGGACACACAGUUUGCUGACAGUGUUUACCUGGUUCUGCUGUUGGGACUGCUGGAGGGCUACUUUGUUCCGCUCUAUAAUUUCUUCCUGACAGAUGAGAACUUUGACCAAAAUGUGUACAACGUGUCCUUCUCCUUUGAGCUGAUGCAAGAUGAAGGUCUGGAGAGACCCAGACCCAGGCCUGAAGUGAAUCUCAAAUGCCACACUAUGUUGAAGUAG